CAUCUUAUUAAAAAAAUGACAGGAAGAGGGAAAAGAAAGAGGGCAAAAAAAAAGAUUGAUGAAAAUGAACUUCGUAGGGAAUUAAGAAAACAAAGAAAAAGAAUGUUAGAAGAGGAAGAACUAAUUAAGCCACCGAUAAUAGAGUUACCGGAAUAUCCUGAAGAAAUAAGGAUCGGGGGCAUUGAAGGCGGCGGUACUGAAUCUACGCUAAUCAUCAUCGAUGGAAAAGGAAAAGUAUUGACGGAAGUUAAAGGACCGAGCACUAAUCAUUGGGUUCUUGGAAUAGAAGAAACAAGUGCCAGAAUCAACGCUAUGGUGGAAAUAGGAAAACAGAAUAUAGAAAUGUCUGAAAUAAUUCCUUUAGAUUGCUUGGGUCUUACUCUGAGCGGAUGCGAAGAAGAAAAAACCAAUCGUCUUCUUAUGGAAACGAUGCAACAAAAGUAUCCAAAUGCUGCUAAAACUUAUUAUAUCAAUUCAGAUACUAUGGGUAGUCUUAGAACAGCUUUAGAAAACGGUGGAAUAGUUUUAAUUGCUGGCACCGGUUCGAAUGCCUUGAUGGUCAAUUUAGAUGGAACAACGACAACAUGUGGCGGAUGGGGAUAUUUCAUAGGGGACGAAGGCAGUGCUUUCUGGAUUGCAUAUAGAGCUUGUAAAUAUGUAUUCGAUGAUAUAGAUGAUUUAGUUAAAGCACCUAAACCUAUAAACUAUAUAUGGCCAGCUAUGAGAUAUUUUUUCAAUGCAACAGAUAGAAAAGAGAUGCUACCGCAUUUUUAUAAUGAGUUUGAUAAAACCAAUUUCGCUAAAUUUGCUAAGGAAAUUGUGAUAGGUUGUGAAAAAAAAGAUCCGCUCUGUUUACAUAUUCUCCAGGAAAAUGGAAAAUAUCUUGCAAAACACGUUAUAGCUCUCGCGAAAAAGGCCCAUAAUGAUCUCAAAUUAGCUCAUGGAGGAUUAAAGAUUAUUUGCGUCGGAUCAGUCUGGAAAUCAUGGAAUUUUAUGAAAGAUGCUUUUAUAAAUGAAAUCCAUGAGUCUCAAGUUUUGGAUGAAUUAACUUUGAUUCGUUUAAAAGUAUCAUCUGCAUUGGGCGCUUGUUAUCUUGCAGCUGAAAAAAUCAAUUGGAUAUUCACGAAAUCCUAUGAAGAUAACAUUGAAUUGUUUUAUCACUAUAAGCGCGAUAAUUACAUAAAACUUGAUGUAUCAAAAGAUUUAAUAGAAGCUGAAAAUCCCCAAUACGUUCUUUGUAGCAUUACGAAUAGGAAUUAAAAAUAAAAGAACAAAUAACAACGAUGAUUAUAUUUUAUACUCACAUUUUAUACAUAUCUCUUAUAGAAUAUUUUUAAUAACAACAAAUAUAAAGAAAUUG